UUUACUCAUUUUUGUUCAGCAGAAGCGGCGGAGAGAGAGGACACAAGUCCGGAGAAUAGAAGUGUGUCGUCCCGAAAGAAAACAACACUGACCUGGAAUAAAAAAAAGUCAAAGCCUCCGCGGGUGUUUCGACAGGUUUGCUCCAUUGUUGCUUUUUUAAGAACAGGAGGCAAGAAUGGCAAUGCAAAUGGGUGAUGUUGAUAGUGGUGUGGUGAAAGUGGCAGAGUGGCAAGAGAGGAUGUAUAGCACAGACUCUGGCAUCCAGUCCGGAGCUACUACAAUAAACAAAGAUGACGACUCAGAGUACACCACCACCAAGCAUUACACCAUGACCACGACAAUCACAAGGGAAGAGCCUGAUGUGGAUGCUCAGUAUGCUCUGACCAGAGCUCAGCGUGUCCGGGCCGCAAUGUUCCCUGAGACGCUGGAGGAAGGCACAACUAUCCUGUCCACUCAGACAGACCCGUCCCAGAUGACCAAUGUCCAGCGGCUGGCUGAGCCCUCCCAGAUGCUCAAGACAGCCAUCAUUCAUCUGAUUAACUACCAGGAUGAUGCAGAGUUAGCAACACGCGCUGUGCCUGAGCUCACCAAACUGCUCAACGAUGAAGACCAGGUGGUGGUUAGUAAAGCAGCACAGAUUGUCAACCAGCUUACGCGUAAGGAGGCAUCGCGGCGUGCACUGAUGCAGUCCCCUCAGAUGGUGGCCGCCGUGGUUCGAGCCAUGCAGAACACAAGCGACAUGGAGACAGCCCGGGCUACAGCCAGCAUCCUCCACAACCUGUCCCACCAGAGGGAGGGACUUCUCUCUAUCUUCAAGUCAGGAGGAAUCCCUGCUUUAGUCCGCAUGCUCAGCUCCCCCAUGGAGUCUGUGCUCUUCUAUGCCAUCACCACACUCCACAACCUACUGCUGCACCAGGAGGGGGCUAAGAUGGCUGUGCGUCUGGCUGACGGCCUGCAGAGGAUGGUUCCCCUGCUGAAGAAGAGCAACCCAAAGUUCCUGGCUAUCACCACAGAUUGUUUGCAGCUUUUGUCCUACGGAAAUCAGGAGAGCAAGCUCAUCAUCCUUGCCAAUGGGGGUCCUGAGGGUCUAGUUCACAUCAUGAGGAACUACUCCUAUGAGAAGCUGUUGUGGACCACAAGCCGUGUGCUUAAAGUCCUCUCCGUAUGCCCCAGCAACAAACUUGCCAUUGUUGAUGCAGACGGGGUGCCGGCUAUAGGUAAACACCUCACAGGCUCCAGCCAGCGUCUGAUGCAGAACUGUCUGUGGACUCUUCGGAACCUUUCUGAUGCUGCCACCAAACAGGAGGGCAUGGACGGCCUGCUGCAGGUUCUGGUGGGCCUACUUAGUUCAGACGACAUCAACAUGCUCACUUGUGCCACUGGUGUCCUCUCUAACCUCACAUGCAACAAUGCCCACAAUAAAACUGUGGUUACCCAGAGCAACGGCGUAGAGUCGCUGAUCCAUGCCAUACUGCGCGCCGGUGAGAAAGAGGAUGUGACCGAGCCAGCCAUUUGUGCACUCCGCCACCUGACUUCACGCCACCAACAAGCUGAAGUGGCGCAGCACGCUGUGAGGAAACACUACGGCAUCCCCGCCAUCGUCAAGCUGCUCAACCAACCCUACUACUGGCCUGUUGUCAAGGCUGUGGUUGGCCUGAUCCGAAACCUGGCCCUGUGCCCGGAGAACCAGGCUCCUCUACGGGAUGCAGGAGUCGUCCCCCGCCUCGUCAACCUGCUGCUCAAAGCCCACCAGGAUGCUCAGAAACACGACUCCGCCGGCCAGCAGACAUACCAGGAUGGAGUAAGAAUGGAGGAGAUAGUGGAAGGCUGCACAGGAGCUCUGCACAUCUUGGCCAGAGAUCCUGUUAACAGAGAAGAGAUCACUACCCUGCAGACCAUCCCUCUGUUUGUGCAGCUCCUUUACUCUCCAGUGGAAAAUGUGAAGCGAGUGGCUGCAGGCGUCCUGUGUGAGCUGGCUUUGGAUAAAACAUCAGCCGAGAUUAUCGACAGUGAAGGAGCGUCGGCUCCACUGAUGGAGCUGCUGCACUCAAACAACGAGGGCAUUGCUACGUAUGCUGCAGCAGUUCUUUUCCGCAUCUCUGAGGACAAGACCUCUGACUACAAGAAGCGAGUGUCGGUGGAGCUCACACACUCCCUGUUCAAACACGACCCUGCUGCGUGGGAGAUGGCCCAUAAUGCUGUUCCCAUGGAUGGACCCUACCCAGAUGAGCUGGAUGCUGGUUUCCAAGGUUAUGGAGGGUAUCCAGGUGAUCCAGGUAUGCCCAUGGAUGGCAUGGACGGAAACAUGAUGCAUGAUGAAUAUGGAGGCACGAUGCCCUAUGACAGAGGGGGCUACCCUGAGAAUUAUUAAAGGCCCAGAGGUAAAGCAGGCGAAGGAGCUGAGAGGAGACAUAAUGGGACAAAAAAGAGAAUAUAGUUGUCAGUAGAGCUUUCCACUGCUCUCAGCCUGAUGUAAUAUAUGCAAUUAUCACUGAGUACGGGACUCAUAAUCUUAACAGGGCUCAUCUUUGUUUUAUAGCCUAAUUUUGCUGAUUAUAACUAUGACGAUGGCGACGCUUGUAGGUUUUUGUUUGAGAACCUUUUAAGAGUGUGUGUGUGUGUGUGUGUGUGUGUGUGUGUGUGUGUGUGUGUGUGUAUGUAUGAGUGUGUGUUUGUGUGUGUGUUUACACUUUUGGGUGGGUAUUCUAUGCCAAAGAGAUUUUAUUUUGUGACAAUAAUCCUGUAGCUUCCUUUUUUUAAAAAACAAAAGAAACAAAAAUGUUAGUUGAAAACACUGCCAGAGGUGGCUCAUUGUGCACGGUGCACCUGCUCACCGCUGUUCUUCUUCUUCUUCUUAAUGCUUUUUGUAACAGACACUGCUGUCUAUACUGUAGUUUCGACACUAUACCGUCAACAGACCCGACAGUUAAAGGAGUCAGUGGCGUGUCAGCGAGCACAGGCUUUCGCUUGUGGCACUAAAUCAGUAGGAGUGAACAAAUAUGGAGAUGUGGAGGUCGUCGAUAGGCCUCGGAGAGAGCAGCGUAAGGCCGCCCCCACCUCUUAUGUAAUCAGCUGUUGUCACAUGUGUUUUUCUUUGAUUUGAGUGUUUUCUCUGAUCUUUUCUAAGUUAUUUUCUGGGAAUCGGUUGACAUUAGUCUCCAGAGAAAUGUAACAAAGCUGUUUUUAAGCAUAAACUGAAGUUGCUUUUUUUACUAAUGUAAAACACACAGGAGUAAAACCAGACGGUGUCAAGUUGUUUUUACAGACACUGACUGAUUCAUUCGUCAGCAUUAAACACUACUUAGAUUAGAUAAAAUAGCUGGGGGCGGCUUUACAGCAAGAGUAAACUACUGACAGGGAAAAAUUGUCUUUCUACUUAAUGAGAGUUUUUACUGAAAUUUUGUUUAAUAAAAAUAAAGGAUAUAUUAAAC